CGGCCUGAGUCACAGGGAAGCUGGGGGCCCUGAGUCAGGGCCCAGGCUCGGCACCCCGGCCCUGGAUGCUGAGAGAGGCCAGAGCUGAUGCUGGGACGAGAUCAGGAGGCCCGGCCACGGGGAGAGAGCUCUGCAGACGGAAGCCCAGGGUCAGACACAGCUCAAGACCUGGUUAGAACUGGGAACUGAGGCAAGAGCAGCCUUCACGGCAGAGCAGCACAGAGGAGCGGGCGGGCAGAAAGAGAAGGAUUUUAGAGGGAGUGGGGUAGGGGCAGGAGCAGGGUCAAGUUGUUAAUCAGACAUAUGCAGGCACCGGGCCCAGGGGCUGACUGGGAGAGACCUGAACCCCAGGGCAGGGUAGGCUCAGAGAAAGCAGAGAGAGGGUGGUCACUGCACGCCAGUGAGUCCCUGCAGAGUGUGUGGGCGGAGCGUGGAGUAGACCCUAGGGAGCUCUGGGACCCUGGUCCCUCCAGCCCAGUUCUCCACCCUGGGCCAGUUCCCCAAGUGGCCUCUAUCCAGACCAGGAUCCACACUUUGGGACUGGUCAGGGCUCUCUGGGCAGCCUGACCACAGCAGGCAGGAUGUGGGGGCGGCCAGGCUGGAGAGACAGGAAGGAAGUCUGAGUGGAGACAAUAGGUGGAAGGGGAGGAGGAACAGGGAGCCUCCAGGAUUAGGAUGUCCAGCUUGGAAACCAGCAGGAGUGGGGUCUGCCCCGCCUUGCUCCGUCCUGGCCUGCCCAUCUUCCCACCCUGUGUCAAGGGCAGUACCUGGCCGCAUCCCCCUGCCCACUCAGGGUCCCAUGCCCUGUAAGGCAUGGGCAGAGCCUUGAGCCAGGCCCGGGGUGGGCAGGAGCCAGGGAAGACCCUUCCUCUCUCCAGCCUCCGUUUCCUCAAGUGCGUGUAUAGGAAUUCUCGUGUAACGAGAAGCCCUUUCUGAUGUUCCGGGAGGGCUGUCCUGGUGUUCCAGAUUACUGGCCUUCAGGCUUUUAUUCUCUGGCGGAAGACUGGAGCAAUGGCCUGAGCCCCAUGGCUGCCCCUCAGGACCUGGACAUCGCUGUGUGGCUGGCCACGGUGCACCUGGAGCAGUAUGCAGACACGUUCCGGCGGCACGGCCUGGCUACAGCAGGUGCAGCCCAAGGCCUGGGCCAUGAGGAGCUGAGGCAAUUGGGCGUCAACGCCACAGGGCACCGGAAACGCAUUCUGCGCCUGCUGCAGGCGAGCAGUGUGGAGGGCCCUCUGGAUCCCAAAUCAGAUAGCACCAUGGAGCCAUCCCCCAGCCUGGACCCCCCAGCCCAGACUCCCAAGCCUGUGCCCAAGCCCAGGACAGUGUUCAGUGGGCUCACUGGCCCUGCCACCACCCAGAGACCUGGGCCGAGCCCAACCUUCCGGGGCCCAGAAGUGUCCAGGAGUCCAGAGUCCAGCCCGAAGUCCCCUCCACUCCCCACCUCCUCCUCUGGGCAGCCGUCAUCCUCAGAUACGGUGGAGAUGACGCCCAAUGCCAUCUACUUCGGCCUGGACUUAAGAGGCGGGGCCCAGGCAGCCCAGGACAUGGUCCCAGACAGCUCCCAGAAAGCCGCCCCCACCCCUGCCCUGAGACCCGCCACAGGAACAGUGCACAUCAUGGAUCCCGGUUGCCUGUAUUAUGGUGUCCAGCCUGUGGGGGCGCCAGGGGCCACUGACAGAAGAGAGGGCAGAGGUGUCUGCCAGGACAGGGCUGAACACAGGCUCAGCAGGCAAGACCUGGAAGCACGGGAGGAUGCUGGCUAUGCUAGCCUUGAGCUGCCCGGGGACUCCACACUCUCACUGCCCACGCUGGACACGGAGGAGACCAGUGAUGACCUCAUUUCACCCUAUGCCAGCUUCUCUUCCACGGCAGACCCGCCCACGCCCCUGCUCAGUGGCUGGCUAGACAAGCUGUCCCCUCAGGGAAACUAUGUCUUCCAGAGACGCUUUGUGCGGUUCAAUGGGCGGAGUCUCAUGUACUUUGGCAGUGACAAGGACCCCUUCCCCAAGGGUGUGAUCCCUCUGACGGCCAUUGAGAUGGCCCGCAGCAGCAAGGACAACAAGUUCCAGAUCAUCACUGGCCAGAGGGUGUUCGUGUUCCGCACAGAGAGCGAGGCUCAGCGGGACACGUGGUGCUCCACGCUGCAGUCCUGCCUGAAGGAGCUGCACCUCCUGGGGUCCCCCCGGCCCCCCCAGCUGCCGCGACCCCUCCGCACAGGCAUGCUGGAACUGCGCGGACACAAGGCCAAGGUGUUUGCUGCCUUGAGCCCUGGAGAGCUGGCACUGUACAAGAGUGAGCAGGCCUUCUCUCUGGGCAUUGGGAUCUGCUUCAUUGAACUACAAGGCUGCAGCGUCCGGGAGACCAAGAGUCGAGGCUUCGACUUGCUCACACCUCACCGUUGUUUCAGCUUCACAGCCGAGUCUGGGGGGGCUCGGCAGAGCUGGGCGGCCGCUCUGCAGGAAGCAGUAACCGAGACCCUGUCUGACUACGAGGUGGCUGAGAAGAUCUGGUCCAAUCGGGCAAACCGGCACUGUGCGGACUGUGGGGCCCCCCGCCCGGACUGGGCUGCCGUCAACCUGGGCGUGGUCAUCUGCAAGCAGUGUGCGGGUCAGCAUCGGGCCUUGGGUUCUGGGAUCUCCAAGGUGCAGAGCCUGAAACUGGACACGAGUGUCUGGAGCAAUGAGAUAGUACAGUUAUUCAUCACCCUGGGCAAUGAUCGUGCCAACCGCUUCUGGGCAGGGGCACUACCCCCAGGCGAGGGGCUGAACCCAGACUCGACCCCUGGCUCCCGGGGAGAGUUUAUCUCCCGGAAGUACCGGCUGGGUCUCUUCCGGAAGUCCCACCCUCAGUGUCCUGAUCACGGCCAGCUCCUCCAGGCACUGUGUGCAGCUGUGGCCGGCCCCAACCUGCUGAAAAACAUGACCCAGCUCCUCUGUGUUGAUGCCGCUGAGGGCGAGGAGUCCUGGUCCCCUUCAGCCCUCAAUGGCAGCUGUCCUAGCCUUCUAAUCUCAGACCCCUCGCCUGGUGUGUACAAUGAGGUGGUGGUGCCAGCCACUUGCAGCAGCUUCCUGUACUGUGGUCCCGUCAGCAACAAGGCUGGACCCCCUCCCCCUCGCAGGGGCCGGGAUGCUCCCCCCCGCCUGUGGUGUGUGCUGGGAGCAGCUCUGGAAAUGUUUGCUUCUGAAAGCAGCUCUGAACCCCUCAGCCUCAUCCAGCCCCAGGAUGUUGUGUGUCUGGGCGUGAGCCCCCCACCCGCUGACCCAGGUGACAUGGACAGGCUCCCCUUUUCCUUUGAGCUCAUCCUCACUGGGGGAAGGAUCCAGCACUUUGGCACGGAUGGAGCGGACAGUCUGGAGGCCUGGACCAGUGCCGUGGGCAAGUGGUUCUCCCCACUGAGCUGUCACCAGCUGCUGGGCCCUGGUCUGCUGCGGCUGGGCCGCCUGUGGCUGCGCUCCCCCUCCCACACAGCCUUGGCCCCCGGCCUCUGGCUGUCAGCAUUCGGCCUCCUUCGUGGUGAUCACCUCUUCCUGUGUCCAGCUCCGGGCCCCGGCCCCCCGGCCCCAGAGGACAUGGUGCAUCUCCGGCGGCUGCAGGAGAUCAGUGUAGUCCCUGCAGCUGACACCCCAGACAAGAAGGAGCAUUUGGUCCUGGUGGAGACAGGAAGGACCCUGUAUCUGCAGGGAGAGGGCCGCCUGGACUUUGCAGCAUGGAACACAGCCAUUGGGGGAGCAGCCGGUGGGGGCGGCACAGGGCUGCAGGAGCAGCAGAUGAGCCGGGGGGACAUCCCCAUCAUUGUGGAUGCCUGCAUCAGUUUUGUCACCCAGCAUGGGCUCCGGCUGGAGGGUGUAUACCGGAAAGGGGGCGCCCGCGCCCGCAGUCUGCGACUCCUGGCUGAGUUCCGCAGGGACGCCCGGUCCGUGAAGCUCCGCCCAGGGGAGCACUUCGUGGAGGACGUCACUGACACGCUCAAACGCUUCUUUCGAGAGCUUGAUGACCCCGUGACCUGUGCACGGUUGCUGCCUCGCUGGAGGGAAGCUGCGGAGCUGCCCCAGAAGAAUCAGCGCCUGGAGAAAUACAGAGACGUGAUCGGCUGCCUGCCGCGGGUCAACCGCCGCACGCUGGCCGCCCUCAUUGGGCAUCUCUAUCGGGUGCAGAAGUGUGCGGCUCUAAACCAGAUGUGCACCCGGAACCUGGCCCUGCUGUUUGCACCCAGUGUGUUCCAGACGGACGGGCGGGGGGAGCACGAGGUGCGGGUGCUACAGGAGCUCAUUGAUGGCUACGUCUGCGUCUUUGAUAUCGAUGCUGACCAGGUAGCUCAGAUUGAGUUGGAGGUCAAUCUUAUCACCACCUGGAAGGAUGUGCAGCUGUCCCAGGCUGGAGACCUCAUCAUGGAGGUCUACCUAGAGCAGCAGCUCCCAGACAACUGUGUCACCCUGAAGGUGUCCCCAACACUGACUGCCGAGGAGCUGACUAACCAGGUACUGGAGAUGCGGGGGACAGCAGCUGGCACAGACCUAUGGGUGACGUUUGAGAUUCUCGAGCAUGGAGAGCUUGAGCGGCCACUGCACCCCAAGGAAAAGGUCCUGGAGCAGGCCCUACAGUGGUGCCAGCUCCCGGAGCCCUGCUCAGCCUCCUUGCUUUUGAGAAAAGUUUCCUUGGCCCGGGCCAGCUGCCUUUUCACAGGUAUCCGGCGUGAGAGUCCGCGUGUGGGGCUGCUGCGGUGUCGUGAGGAGCCGCCCCGCUUGCUGGGCAGCCGCUUCCAGGAGAGGUUCUUCCUGCUGCGUGGCCGCUGCCUGCUGCUGCUCAAGGAGAAAAAGAGCUCUAAACCGGAACGGGAGUGGCCUCUGGAAGGUGCCAAGGUCUACCUGGGAAUCCGCAAGAAGUUAAAGCCCCCCACGCCAUGGGGCUUUACGUUGAUACUGGAGAAGCUGCACCUCUACCUGUCCUGCACUGAUGAGGAUGAGAUGUGGGAUUGGGCCACCAGCAUCCUUAAAGCGCAGCACGAUGACCAGCAGCCAGUGGUCUUACGUCGCCGUUCCUCCUCUGACCUUGCUCGUCAGAAGUUUGGGACUAUGCCUUUGCUGCCUAUCCGUGGCGAUGACAGUGGAGCCACCCUCCUCUCUGCCAAUCAGACCCUGCGGCGACUACACAACCGGAGGACCCUGUCCAUGUUCUUUCCAAUGAAGUCAUCGCAGGGGUCUGUGGAGGAGCAGGAGGAAGUGGAGGAGCCCGUGUACGAGGAGCCUGUGUACGAGGAGGUGGGGGCCUUCCCCGAGCUGACUGGGGACACCCUGAGCUCCUUCUCCAGCACACAGGAGUGGGCAGCCAUGCCAGACACCCCCCUUACCAGCCAGAGGUCCUUUGAGCAACCCCCUGCCUCCAAAGCGAACAUCCUGGGCCAGGAGGAGGGGCCGCCUGAGCCCCCUCCGGGCCCCCCUUCAAAGAGCAGUCCCCAGGCCCGGGGGUCUCUGGAGGAGCAGCUGCUCCAGGAGCUCAGCAGCCUCAUCCUGAGGAAGGGGGACACCACUGCGUGCCUGGGAAGCCCCCCGCCCCCCAGCCCCACUGGGCCUCCCCCACAGACACCGGGCUUCCCCACACACGGCCCCCAUUCUUCCAGCCUGCCCUCCAGCCAGCCCUUCACAUGACUGUAGGACGGGCAGUCUGAGGGUGGCUGCCCGGAAGGCCCACACCGUCACCAUGGCAGGCACUGUGGGGAGUCUCCUCGACCCUGUCUGGGAAGACUCCAAAACAAGGUGUGGUGCUGGGCACGGGGCGCUGGACCGGGGGCUCUGGAGGCCGUGUGUCCCUGGGCAGGUCAUGGCCCCGCUCUGGGCCUCAGCUCGUGUAUGUGUAUCACGAAGUCACAAACCAGGAGAGCAAUGGACAUCAAACUGUCUUUCUCAGAGCCUCAUUAAGCCUCACUCACAUACUCUCUCUCCCUCAGUAAGGGCAGCUCCUGCUUUAUAUACUUGAUACGUAGGGGUUCUACUACAUUAAAGGAAAAAAAAAAAAAAAGGUUUAGAAGCCAGAAGCCUGGAUGAAGUCCAGGGCUAUCCUACCCUACUUCCUGCAUUCUGGGACUUUGCUGAAGUCCUGGCAUGGGAGAUUGAUUGGGGUUGGGAGCUGGGGCAAAGGGGAGCCAAAAAAGGAAGUGUCACUAUUAAUAAACCUUGGAACCAAAA